UUCUCCACCAUUGUAUAUAUAUAAUAUUACCAACGAAACUUUCGGAACAGUCUGUCCCAGAUUGAUUUAAUAAAAAACUGGUUCGUGAAUUUAUUAGUGUUGAUGCUGUUGCUAACUCUGAGGCAUCAUUAAAAUGGUCAGCAAAGCUUCCCAACAGCCCCAGUUAUCAGCUGGAGAGCAAUAAGGAAGACAUGUUUGUUACUCAUUAACUCCAGCAGACUUUAUAUGCUUCAGUCAGGACGGCAACAAGAAACCUGAACACUUCCGUAAAUUAAUCAAAGGUAAGAUCAAAUCUUUAGCUUUUCAGUUUGUCUGACAAUCUUGUACUUAUUUUCAUAUGUACUUGCUGCUGGUUUCAGGUUUUCCUUUGGGUACAAGCCAAAAGAUGAGUGACAUUUUAGAGGAUGAAAGUGAUAUCUCUUUCACUGUAAAGUUUCUUGGCCGGGUCGAGGUGGUCCGGUCCUCUGGACAGCAGAUCCUGGAGGAAGCUGCUCAGAGUCUGAAGAUGCCUGAUAGAUUCAACUCAGAAAAAGCAGCGAAGAAGAGCAAAGUCCUCAUCUUCUUGUCCAUGAGCGGGAUCGACAUUUUGGAAUACAAAACCAAGUUCCUCCUGUACUCCUGCCCUCUCCCCACCGUCUCCUUUUGUGCCGUCCUGCGCGACUCACCCAAAGUCUUUGGAUUUAUAGCGCAGCAUCCUGCGGCUGACAUGUACCACUGCUACCUGUUCCAGAGCCAGAAGCUUGGUCCUGUCCUGGUGUCGGCUAUCGGCGAUGCUUUUCGAGCUUCAAAAAAGGAGCAGAACGUCAGAGGGGGAAGAGACCUGGUAGUGGAGGCACUCAGACACAAGAAUAAAGUGCUGCAGAGAGAAAACGACGAGCUGAGAAAGAAGCUUGGAGGACAUAUCUAUGAGGCCAUAUCGUAGUGUCUGGACACACGGAUUAAAUUAAAGGACAGUUUCAUAUAUAUAUAUAUUUAAUUUUUGAAAAAAGGACUAUGAUCAUGACAGAAGGCCAUAAUUAAAAUUUUUAAGAUGCGUUUCUCAAAUCUUUUCUUUCCACAUUUAUUUCAACACUUUUACUGCAACCAGUAAUAUAAUAAACUUGAUUUUUAUAGUUUUAUGCUCGCAUCUUGGUGUGGAUCAGCCCGGGUCUUGUCUCUUUCAUCAGAUGGAACACAUUUUUAUUACUUUUACAAAUCAAUCACAAUCAACAAAAUGUGGUAUUUUUUUUUUGGCAAGAAAAAAAAUAUUUGAGUGUUAAAGUAGACACUGUAUUUGGCAGGUUCUGUGUAUUUUCCAGCAGUUUGUUUGAAACAAAAAGUGAAAACGGAUUCUUUUUUUUUUUUUGCGUUUAUUAAACCCAAAUGAGAAAUUGGAGAUUGAACCGGUCUGUGUAUUUUCAGGCAGUUCGUUUUAUCGUUUGAAACAAAAAAUGAAAAAAGUGCACAAAACGAAAAUGGAAAAACUGGAUAACGAGCGCUCAAUUUCAAUUUUCAUAUGAUUUCGUUUUUGACAAGCGGUCUAACCGGGAUGUGCUUCUCUGUCCGGCUGACACAGAGGCCGUUUCACACAUGGAUGUUAUAUAGGCUGCAGACACACAAGCUUGAUCGUUUCACCCUGUUGUGUUUUCUGCAAACUGCAAGUCGGUUUAAAUAAUGCUCCUGUGAGAAACAGAUCAUACCGGACAUGGCAGACACCAAACAGUGAACAUCACCACCAAUGCUCCAUCCCCAUUGUGCAGCAUGCUGGUGGCAGCAUCAUGCUGUGGGGAUCUUUCUCAGCAGCAGCUGGAAAGCUUGUAAAGGUAGAAGGUGAAAUAAACCACAAUUUCAGAAAAUAUAAUACCUGAAUCAUCCGGCUAAAGCUACACAGAGAUGGUUUGAAAACAAACACGGCAGACGUUCUAGAAUGGCCUAGUAAAAGCUCAGACUUUAAUCCCAAAGAGAAUUUAUGGCCGAUGCCCACACAACCUGACUUUGACUCACUUUCACAUGAAGAGGUUUGUUUUGUAUAUUAUUUGUUAAAGAGCUAAUUUUGUUGAUGAUGAUUGAUUUUUUUUAAAGCAAUGGAAGCAUCCAAGGGGAUGAAUACUUUUAAUAGAAAUUACAUACUUUUUGACAUGUAAAAAAUCUUAAAUUAAAACAUGUUUUCUUCCAAACUGAGACUCCUCUUACGUUGUAGUUAUGAUCCUCUGGUGGUGCCUGUCUCAUUUCUUACCCAGGG